UGAGCUCCCAGUGUCAGACACUGUAACCUCCACUAGGUGGCGCUCUUUCAGUGUGAUUAAUGUGAUAUUCAGUCAGUGGUGAUGGUGGGAGGAGCCAGUAAAGCUGCUCAUUACUGAUGAAGAGCUGAAUAAAGAGGAAGUAACUAAAGCAGACAGAUGUAGAGACAGAGAGAUUCACACAGAGAUCAUUCAGCAUAAAGAAGACUGAACUCAACUCACAAUGAAGAUCCUCCUCAUCUUCUUCACUUUCUACCUGAUCUCAGGUGCAGUGAGAUGCUUCAGUGUCACUGGAUAUUUUGGCAGAAGUGUUCUUGUUGAUUCUGGGAAAAGUUGGUUCAGUGACUCUGCUAAAUAUAUGGCCAAAUUACCAGAGUGGAGAACAAUAAUAAAUGAUACAAAACAACAUAGAUGGAUAAAUGAGGGAAGAUUCACACUGUUCCGAAACAAUGUGGGAAACCUCAUGAUCUACAUCAGAGAUUUGAACCAUAAUGAUGCUGGAGAAUACCAGAUUAGACAUCAUGGCCAGUGGUCCAUUGAUAUGACUUUGAAUGUGAAAUACGAUUUGUGUUGUAAAGGAUCAAAGAGAGUGAUGGUGAAUAUUUCAGAAACCGCCAGUUUCAGCUGUGAAUAUUCACAGAAUCAUAUUAAUGAUCCCAAGAUCAUAUUCAAAGAAGAAAAAGACUCCAUUGAGACGAUUUACAGCAGGUUGAAGAUGAACAGAAGAUUCAGUAUUUCUGAUGACAAACAUAAAAACAUCUUCAGUGUGAGAAUUACUGCUGUGACACCAGAUGAUGGAGGAGUUUAUUUAUGUGGAGUUUGGAUCAACAGACAAUCAUACAGUUACUCUGUUAUUAAUACUGUUCAUCUGCAUAUUAUGGAUUCAUGUUGUGGGGAAUCAAAGACAGUAAGAGUAAAUAGUGGAGAAACCUCUGCUUUCAGCUGUGAAUAUUCAGAGGAUCAAAGGUAUUUUAGAAAGAUCAUAUUCAGAACAAGAAACAACAUCAUUGAUGAGGUGAUCUCCACUAAUGAUAAAUGGUAUCAGAAAGAAAGACUGAGCAUUUAUGACAACAAAUCGAACCUCUUCAGUGUGAGAAUCACUGCUGUGACACCAGAUGACGGAGGAGUUUAUUUAUGUGCCGUUUGGAUCAACACACACCCGUACAGUUACUACAUUAUUACUACUGUUCAGCUACAUAUUAUUACUAAAGUGGGCGUGUCUAGAGUGAGCGGCUACUCAGGAGGUGGUUUGAUGAUCAAGUGUGAACAUCCUCAACACAAAACCAAACCAAAAUACAUCUGUAAAGAAUCAGAUGGAUGUUCAGAGAGGAAGAAUCCAGGAGUUCAGGAUGAAUGGAUGGAGAAUGGAGAUGUUUCUUUAUAUGACGACACCAGAGCAGGAGUCUUGAUGGUGUUUUUUAGAGAACUGAAAGCUGCAGAUGCUGGAACAUACAGGUGUGGAGUGAAUGUAUCUCACUAUACUGAGAGAUUCACUGAACUUCAGCUGAUCAUCAAACAUGAUAUUUUGACAGAAUAUGCUGCUUUUGAUGAAGAAGUCAACAUCACCUGUCAGAUCCCAGAGAAACAUAAAGUUCAUUUCUGCAAACAGGAUGAUAAUCACAUCUGCCAAAACAUCAGCUCAUCUAAAGUGACACAAAUGAAUGGUUCAUCUGAUAGAAAUGAAGAGAGAGUUUUUACAGUGAUCAUCAGUAAUGUGAGUGUGAGAGAUGCUGGAGUUUACUGGUGUGGAGCAGAAACCAGAGACACAUAUUUGACUUUCAUCUCCAUGAACACUAAAAUUCAGCUCAUUGUGAUCAUGGCUCCAGUAGUGAGACAUGAAGGAGAAUCUGCUGAGAUCAUCUGCCCUUAUGAUUCAAUCUAUAAAUCAAAGUCAAAGUCUCUCUGUAAGGGGAAGUGCUCCACUAGAGACAGAAAUACUCUCAAUGAGACUGUGAGAGAAGAGAAAGAGACCAAGACUGACAGAUUGAUUCUGAAUGAUGACGUCACUGCAAGUGUCUUCACUGGGACCAUCACUGGACUUACAGCAAAGGAUGCUGGGAAAUACUGGUGUGCAGUGACAUUAGAAAGAGACCUCAGUAAUCUUUACACUCAUCUGAUCGUCAUCAUGAACGAGGGUGAGGAAGGUUUAUUCAUCUGA